AUGAUCCCAAACAUUCCAAAGUAUGAUGGCAAGACAGAUCCUGAUGAGCAUGUAGGCACCUACGAAUGGACAAUGACAUCACUAUGGAUGGACAAGAGGCUCACUUGCACCAACUUCCUAGUCAUGUUGUCAGGAAACGCUAGCAAAUGGUUCAAGGAACUGCGUCCGGGAAGUUUCUCCAACUUUGAACAAUUCAGGUAUCUUUUCCUAAAAAAAUUUAUGCAAUUGAGGAAAAUGAAAGGAGAUGCCAACUUCAUUAUGUCAUGCAAACAAAAAGAGGGAGAGUCCAUCCGAGUGUACAACGAACGAUUUACCCUCGUAACUCUGAGCGUACCCGGUCAUGAAGUGUUUCUAGUCACAUGUGCUUUCGCCAAAGGGUUACUCCCAGGCCCCCUGUCGAGGAAAAUGCAAGGAACAGUGCCAAAAUCUAGGGAUGAACUGAAGUAUAGGGUCGAAAAAUACCCCAAGAAAAUCGAGGGAGAAGAGCGCAAAGAAGCCAAUCUAAAAGUUGUAGCAAAUGCAUACCUCAAACAAGAAUCAGAUGAUUCCCACUCCCACCAUAGUCACAAGGAGCGUCAUGAUGGAAGUCACAAUAAGCAUAACAGACAUUCGGGACAUUCAACUCCCAAGUUUCGCCCAUUCAUCAAGGAUAAGCCCAGGAGCCAUAGGCUUGAAGUAAAUACUCUGGAAAAAACCCCCUCAACGGGUGGAAAAAGAAAAAGGGAAGAAUUACGAAUACCAUAA